AUGCUGAAUGGCGGGAACAUUGUCGACAUCUUCCAGCGCAGGGAGGACGACUACGAAGCUCCAGCGACCCUGGAGGUGGAGUACUUCGCCGAGAAUGGCGACAAGGUCCAAGAGAUCGUCUUCGUUGAUGCGCACACGCAGCCCGGUAUGGGCGGUCCCCGCAUCUUGGUGUCCGCAACACGCGUGAACACCAUGAACCGCGCCAUCUCGGUGUUGAGCCGAAAGGUGGACAACCUCACCACGACUCUGCGUGUCUGCAGGUCCGACUACUACAAGGAGCUCUUCUCCCUGCGCUACGGACGAGAGCCGCUGGAGGAGCACGAGAAGUAUUGGUUCAUGCCUCAGGCGUACCAAGACAUGGUGUCCAUCAAGGAGCUUCGGAAGCGCUUCGGCACCGAACAAGAGGAGCUGCGCAAGAAGGACCGCGAGAUCAAGGAACUGAGGGCGAAAAUCCACCAGAUCGAUGCUCUCGUCGAGGAUCGCAUGGAGCAGCUCGUGCAGAGCAAGCCGCUUGCGGAGCUUUUUCGCUGGCUGGCACGGCUGAACGACUUCCGGGAGGCGGAGUGGGAGGAGUACAUCAUGCUGCUCUCCAAGGCGAUCACGGACAAGUUUAUGGAGGCGAUGGGAGAGGCUUCGGAGCCCCUGUCAGAGGCGGCGCACCCGGCGCACAUCGACAUGGAGAAGGUUCAUCUUCGCUCGCGCGUGGAGACUGCUGAGAUGGAGGUGGACGCCCUGCGGAUGAAACUGCAGGCUGCGGAGAUGAACCAGCAGAGCUUUGCAAAGCUGCUGACGGAGAGGAAGGUGGACAUUCCCCGCAGUCUCCAAAGGGCAUCCUCGAAGCCCUUGUCCGACACGGGCACGGACACCGGGGAGCCCGUGAAAAGGGUCGUCUCUGAGGGGCCCGAGUCCAAUGUGGGUGUGGAGCCUGUCCGGCAGCGGAAGCUGUCCAUGUACAAGCCGCGCCGGGAGGAUGAGAAUCUGCGGACAAGAUCCAUCGCAAGCACCGAGGAGGGGGGGCAGGGCGAAGACACCUCGAGUGUCUCCGCGUCCUGGGUCUCGAGGCCGAAGAUGAUGUCGCCUUCGGAGUUGGAGAAUCUCAGUGGGGAGGCAUUGGAGAAGGAGGAGAACCCUCGGAUUCUCAAGGCGAAAGUCCGCGAGCUGGAGACUCUCGCUGCCGCCUGGGAGCAGGAAGCAAGAGAUCAGAGCAGCAAGUGCCUGGAGCUGGAGAGCCGGAACAAGGAGGCCGCCAGGGUCCAGCGUCAGCGCGACCUGGCAAUGAAGGACGUCGCGCGUUCGCAGAAGCGCAUCGAAACCUUGGAGCACGAGCUGGCCGAGCUGCAGGCAGCAAAUGCGCAACUGCGUGCCAAGCUGGACACCCAGGCCAGCGACAGCGAGGAUGGCAGUCGAACUGGCAGUCACAGUCGCAGGCCCAGCAGCCGCUCAGACCGCCGAAGCUCCGUGGAGGAUGACCGACAAGCCAAGCUCGAAAAGCUUCGCAACGAUGGCGACAAG